GAGAUCCUUUCCUUGUGGACUUUUCCCUGUGAGCCCAGACAUUCAGAGAUGGGAAGUAACAGUGGAACAAGCCUAUUAAGUGAAAGGUGAAAAGCAUCCUUGCUGCCAGAGCAGGGGAAGCCAUGAAGGGAUGUUGCCUUCCUCUCAUCUUCACCAAGUUCUCUGAGGAUGGACGCAGUGAGAUUGCAGUGCCUGCCAGAGCCUCUAACUGUGUACAUAGAUUUAAGAGAUGCUGAACCACAGAAGUUGGUAACGUUCCCUGAUGAGAAACAGAGUGCAGGUGACAGCUCCACUGAUGAAGAUGAGACUGUGACUGUUAUGGACCAAGAAGAGAGGAAAAUGAAGAAUUGGUCAGGGAAGUGUCAGCUACUGCAACAACUCCGUAGAGCCCGUAAAGAGGCCUCAGAGGUUCUUCACAAAGCAUCUGCCCCAGCUGGAAGACUCAAGGGCACAAAACAGGAUCCAGAAAGUCUGGAAGAGAUGGAUGCCUUUAAAGUCAGUCAAAAUCAAAAUUUUAAAGUGAGAGAAGGGAUGAAUGAGGUCAUUACCAGGAAACUGGUGAGGCUGGAGCCAGAGAAAAGAAAUUCUUCCUCGUCAAGCCAGAGAGACAAUGGAACUGAUAUAGGAACAAAAAAUAUAAUGAAAGCUGAGAAGGUUCAACAUUCAGGAAGCGCUUCAGAAUCUUCUCUACCUACAAAAGAAUUUCCAAGGACAGAAGAAAGUAACAGAGAGCUAUCCCAAAAGGAAGAACAGAUGAAAGAGAAGCACGUGAGAUGCAGAUUCCAGGAGCAGCUGGAGAGAUGGCAGCCUCAGUCUGUUUCUGGAAAGCAGCCCAUGGCAGAGAAAGCACCUGUUCUGUUCCACAUGGAAAUCUCUUAUCUGCCAGUUGUUGACAGGUUGCCUGGACCAGACAGUGUGAGAGAUGAAGAGCUGCUGCUGACAGUUUGGCUGUGGAGUUGUGGCCAGGUACCCGCAGAUGAGAGCAGUGGGUGCAUGCAUAGCACUGCACUGAGAGCAGCUGCCUUCUACCAUGCCCUCAUGACAUGGCUUCUGUCCCUGGUACCUCCAGUGAAAAUGAAAGGUGGACCCAAGGCUCCAUUUCAGGCAGUAUGUCUGCAGCAGACCUGGCAAGAGGACGGAUUGGCCCUGUCUGCUUGUGUAAUGCCAACAGAUGAAUCUCCAACCCAGGACUUGAUGCUGAUUAAAGAAAGGUUAAAGAAGAUUAAAACUAAAGAAGAUCUCCAAGAAAUGUCCAUUUCUUACCAGAGGAUUUCUGAAUUUCUAUCCCUUAUAUGGCUUCCAGAUGUUACCUGGUGGAGAGCAGGACUGUGCAGUUGCUUCCAAAGCCACCUAUAUCCACUUCUUCCUGAAAUUCCCUCUGCCCUGCUCAGUUACAUCCCUACUGUUAAUCCUGAUCCUCAGGUUGCCAUGGUGUUGCCGUUUGAAGCUCCCUCCCAAAGAUCCCUAGCUGCCCAUCACGUGUUGCAGCUGGUGCUCAGCUCUGGGCUGGAUACCUGUGGACUCCACCUGCUCUGCUCUCAGCGUGAUGUGCUGCUCUCUAGCUCAGGAAAACUGCCUUCUUCCUAUGCUUCAGAGACUGACAAGGUGCUGGCAUUAGGGGUGAGAGGGCCUAAAGGAGUUAGCACCAUGCAGAAUAUCACUGGGCCAUCUGACCCGCAGCUGGCUGGUGUGACAGACUGCAGUUCCAUCAGUGCCAUCUACUGCACGAGCCACACAGAGCCUCUUGACUACCUGCCCCAGCAGGACAGCUGUGUGCACAGGGAGCUGUGCCUCUGGUUUGGAGGGAGGGCUGCUGAUGCAGCACUGCAUGGUGGUGUCCUGGAUCCGACUCCCAGAUACAACAGAACAAGCAGAACAGAGGUGCAUACAUCAGGGAAAAGGAGUGAAAAGAGAGAAGAAGAGAAAGGCUUCUGUUCAGCUCUGAAGUCAGCACUCAGCAGCCCUUUCACAUUGUCCACAGCUGCAGGAAAGCAGAGGGAAGCUGGAUCUCAGAGUCCUUCAUCAACUAGAGAAGAAGCAGGUGAGGAAAAGGUUCAUCUCCAGGGCGUGGUGCAGUCUCAGCCUCCAGCAAUGCUUGUCUCACCUACCAACGGUCUGCAGCAGCUUCUCCUUGAGAUGGAAAGAUGCACCCAUGCAGAGCAUGCAGAACAAAUACGCUGCUCCACCCAUCAGAUGUAUACACUUCAUCCCAGGGACGUCAUUUUGACAGUGUCACCUCUGGUACCUCCUCAUGCGUAUGGUAACGUGAUUGCAGUCUGUUCUCGUCGGGGGUUUGCUCUGCAAGGAAUCAGACAGCUGCAGCUUUCACACAAGCAAGCCAUUGUGCUGAGCAUGACAACAAGUCAGAUUGCUCUAUUUUGCCCUGGCAAGAUUUCUAGUUUUCCUGAGAACAGUUCUGCACGAGGAGAGCUUUCUGCUGAGCCACACGUGCGCUGUCUUGUCUUGUUGCUGAGAAAGGAGGAUGCUAGUCAUCAUAUUCUUGCAUUGGUAAAAGGACUGAUGAAUGAACUGGCACAGCAAGGCCUCCUUGGCAACAGGCAGAGCAGCUUGCCUGCCACAGCCAGGCUGGACUCCUCCAUGUGCUUCCAUGUGGCUCCUUACACUGAGAACUUGCUGCAGAUGCUGGGAGGAAACUUCAGUGCAGUUCCAGACCCGUGUAACAUUCCUCUGGAUUUUUUCUGCAACCGAAGAUUUGCUUCCGAUCCUGAAAUGGAGCAAGUAGUCCUGCUGACACUGGUUGGGACGGAUGCUAUGGGCAGUGCUGGAGAACUCCUUUGCCAGAUCCUUCUUCCUGGGAGCAGUAGUCAGUAUCAGAAUGCAGAAGGACCUGAUUCAGGGUUUGAGCUUCUAGGUCUCAAGUGGUUGCCCCGUCUCACUCGGCGUCAGGCAAAAGAAGUAACCCCUUUUGAGGUUGGAGAUGCUUCUUGGCAGAGGAGCCUUGAUACACUGAUGUCUAAUCCAGUCCUUGUGUGUGCGUUACGGCGGGUCAAUGCCUUCCAAGUCCUUGAAGAUGCAUUAAAGAGAUUAACACAGUGCAGGGAGGAGCUAAGCGAAAGUGACAGUGCUCUGCAGAGAGUAAUGGCCUUGACCCCAGAGGUAGCAUUCAGACAAGCCAUCCUUUUCUUCACAGAGAAGGAUCUGGUAGCUGAUCCAGAACACCGUCCUACUGCCAAAUACCUGCCACCACCUGGCAGGACAUCCAGGGCUGGAGGAGCCCAGAUCCUCUGCACGGUGCUGCUGAUCAAACCUGGUGCCUGGAGCCAUCAUCUUGCAAGGAUCCUCCGAAAGCUUGACCUAGAAAAAUUCACUGUGGUUGGGAUGAAACACGUACAGCUGGAGCCAGACAUCGCCUUAGGACUCCUUUCUUCUGAAACAAAACAGAGACCAAAUGCUGUGAAGAAAUUGAUCGACAUUCUGGGGCCAGAGGACCCUCAAGUAGCCCAAGCACUAAAUCCAUGCUUCUGGAGGGCUCAGUAUGGCAUCAGCACUGUCCAAAAUGGAUUUUAUGGCUCCAAAUCCUACCAAAUAUCUGUGCGGGACAUGAAGCUGUUUUUCCCAGAAGGUCUGUGCUGCGCCGAGUGUCAGACACUGCAGGAGGAAGAGAUCUAUAACCUGAAAUGUGACCCCAUAGUCAGUGUGGAAAUCAGCAAGCAGCGCAAAAUCAUAAAAGGUGGAACAGGAGGGAAGCUCAGUUUGCUGGGCUCUGGGCAACCACGCGAUCUUGAUCGGCCGCUGCUCGGUAACCUCUGCCAAACCACCUGCCUCAUCCUGCCGGCGAUAAUCCUCCGGGGCUCAGACCCCCCUUAUGUUGAACUGCUCCAUCAGCUCACUGGCAAAGGUUUCACGGUGACUGGAGUACGCCUCACUGUGCUGGAUGCACCACAGGCUCACUGCAUCUCAGAGAUACUGAGCAGAGCCAAGUGCGGGGUGGCAGCAAAGUGCUCCCUCUUAAUGGAUGGUUUGUGCCUGGUGGUAGCAGCAGAGCGAGACAGCGCAGUCAUUGGCUUCGACUCCCUGCUGGACAGUGUGCGUUGGCAGAAGCAGUCGGUGCUGGACGUGGCGCAGCAUCUCCUCUAUCCUCAAAAUGAGAAACAGGCUGAAGAGCUGCUCUGUUGUCUUUUUGACUCCCUGACAUCUGACAGCACCUUCCGCAUUGAAUCCCAGAGCUGCUAGCUGCUGGUCACAGCCCCCAGGUAGCCCGUGGGCCAGUGAUAUUGCAGGGGGUGUCUGUGCAGGUGGGCACAAAGCUGCUUCCAGCCUCCAGGAGCACCAGCUCCUGUUUGUCAUUAUAAUAAAUUCUGAAGCAUCCUGUUAGAUGAAUGAGCGUGGUGAAGGAUCAGCACCCAGAAACAAAUCCUCCUGAACUGCAGCAUAAUUUCUAAUGGAGUGCAUUCAUGAUCUGCUUGUGUUCACGGAGGAUUCAUCAGACUGGGGUAAA